AUGUCUCAGCUAGAUGAAUCGAGGGGUUGGUUCUACUAUUGGAGAUUCCUGCUUAUGCGACAGGGAGAAAUAAGAAGCGAGAGAGGCUGCGAUUCGCCUGCACUCGCUGCGGAAUAUGGCGGCUGGUAUCGCAAGACCAUGGGCGACGCACCCCCUUAA